CACACGCCUCACUGCACACACAUACGGAGGAGGCACUGCGUGCGCUCACACACACACACACACACACACACACACACACACACACACACACACACACACACACACACACACACACACACACACACACACACACACACACACACACACUCUCGCGCGCGCGCAUGGCACGCAUGCACAGCCAAGGCAACCCUGAGGACAGCACGCGCUUUCAGAGACACACACACACACAUACGGAGGAGGCACUGUGUGCGCUCUCACACACACACACACACACACACACACUCUCGCGCACACACACACUCUCGCGCGCGCAUGGCACGCAUGCACAGCCAAGGCAACCCUGAGGACAGCACGCGCUUUCAGAGACACACACACACACACACAUACGGAUGACCACAAGACCACAGACACACACACACACACAUAGACACGAACAUACACACACACACACACACAGAGUGUCAAAUUGACACAUGUGGCAGUCUCAGUGGCAUACCAGCGCAGGACGGAGCCACAUAUAGGCAGUGGGCUGGCUACAUAUAUAUAUAAAUAUAUAUACUAAUAUAUUUGUAUAUAUAUACAUAUAUAUAUAUAUAUAUUUAGAGACACAGAGAGAGAGAGAACGAGAAAAAGAGGAAGACACUGGCUUCUACACUGGCUGCUUGUCGGGUACAGCGAUGAUGAUGGUGGCGGUGGUGAUGUUGAUGAUGAAGGCUGCGCAGGAUUAUUCAACUCUCCCUCCUUCAUCCUCCUUUUUUAUUUCUUAUAAUCUGCUUUCCUUUUUUAUUAUCUGGCAACCCCUCCUCUCCUUUAUUAUUCUCCUUUUUAUUCUUUUUCUCCGUUUUUUCCGUCCUCUCAGCUGCUGCUGCUGCUGCCACUGAGUCAGCGGGAGAUUAUUAUUAUCAUUAUUUUUUAUUAUUUUUAUUAUUUUUUCAUUAUUUUCCUAUGGGUGGAUUAUAGCAGCUGCUUCGGUCUUCCUCCUUUAUUGUCCUUUUGCCUCCUGAAACGCUGCACUACUGUACACAGAGCGGAGAGAGGAGGACGGAGAGCUGAAGACUGAAGAGGAUAAAAAAGAUAAAGAGGAGCUUCCCCCCGGCUCUGUGCAGCUCGUGCCGCUGAAGGUUGGCAUGGUGGCACGCUGAUGCCUCGCCGGGUCUGAGUCGUGACAGCGGGCGCGGUCGAGACGCAGCGGCGGGGAGGCACUCGUGCAGCCAUGCGGCUCUUCACGGGGCCUGUGGUGAUCUGCUCCAGGAGAAGCAUUCAGAGCAGCCCUGUGCUGCUCUGCGUGUUUCAUCUGCUGGUCCUGCAGCUGCAGUCCUGCGCCGGCUGCCCGUCAGCAUGCGUCUGCAGCUCGUCGGAGGCGGACUGCGGCGGCCGGGGCCUGGCGACGCUCCCGACGCUCUCCUCCCUCCCGCCGGCCACAACCACACUCCUCCUGCCCAACAACCGCCUCUCCUCCCUGCCCACCGCGGCCUUCACCAACCUCAGCUCCCUCCAGCGGCUGGACCUCUCCAACAACUACCUGGAUAACCUGCCGGCCGGGCUGUUCGCCGAGCUGACCAACCUGAGCCACCUGAGCCUGAGGAAUAACAGCCUGACCGCCCUGGACCGGGACCUCCUGCAGGGCCUGGGGAGCCUGCGGAGGCUGGACUUGUCUCUGAACGGUCUGGGGGCCGUGCCGCUGGGGCUGCUGGAGCAGCAGCAGGGCCUGACGUGGCUCUCGCUGGCCGGGAACCGGCUGCAGGCGCUGGAGAGGGCAGCCUUCGAGCCGCUGGUGAACCUGCAGCACCUGGAGCUCGGCUCCAACCCCUGGGAGUGUGAUUGUAACCUGCGGGAUUUUAAACACUGGAUGGAGUGGUUAAUUUAUAGAGGCGGCUACGUGGACGCCAUGGAGUGCACCCUCCCCAAAGACCUGCGAGGGCGGGACAUCCGGAGCGUCCCGGUGGAGAUGUUUAACUACUGUCUCCAGCUGGAGGACGAGAACGGCGUAGUGUCGGGGGGGACCAGGGGCGGUUCUCCUCCAUGCGGCCGGGCCACGGUGCCGCCGUCCGCCGAGACCGCGGUGGUGCGGACGGAGACGGAGGUACCGGACUGCGUGAGGCAGCGCUACCGGCCCGUCAGCGUGCGGCGCGCCAUCGGCACGGUGGUGAUCGCCGGCGUGGUGUGCGGUAUAGUGUGCAUCAUGAUGGUGGCCGCGGCCGCCUACGGCUGCAUCUACGCCUCGCUGAUGGCCAAGUACCAGCGGGAGCUGAAAAAGAGGCAGCCGCUGAUGGGCGACGCCGAGGCGGAGGCCGAUCCUGAGGAGAAACAGAUCUCUUCGGUGGCGUAGAAGAGCCGGGAGAGAGGGUCAGGCCUCAGAGACGUGGUUCCAUUUGGUUUCGGUUUGGUUCGGUUUGGAAUUGUUGGAACGGAAAGUGGGAAACUCUACAUACUGAGGUGGACUAAGGCGGUUCUUAGCCCUGAUCUUAGUACCUGUCCUACCUAAAGUACCUUCAGAAGUAUCUAAAGUACCUACAGUACCUAAAGUACCUACAUUUUCUAAAGUACCUACAGUCCCUUAGUACCUAAAGUACCUACAGUUUCUAAAGUACCUAAAGUACCUACAGUAACUAAAGUACCUAAAGUACCUACGUACGUUCCUCUCUGCUCUCCCAAAGACUACCUAUUGCAGAUACCAGAUGUUAUUCUCAAGUUUCUCCUCAAAACUCGGCUCUAAAGGACGCCUUCGAUUUUGUCCUCUUUUUCGUUUUCGCUCCUUGAGCGACGAAGUGGCGAAAUCGGCGAAAUCGGCGAAGUCCCAAAAAUCAGCACUUUAUAUCUUCACCCUUCUGUUCCAUCUCUGUCCUCUUGGCCUUUAGAAGGAAAGAUCUCAGAAAGAGAGAGGAAAAAGAUACUCUCCUCUAUACUCUUACAUUCGGUACUCUGUUCGGUACUCUGUUCGGUACUCUGUUCGGUACUGCUUUUAGCGACAAACAUCAGCAUCUGCUCUAGAAGCUGCUUCAACCUUGCAGCUAAACCCUAAACCCUGAAUACACCCCUAAAUAUAGACUUUUUCCCCGUUGGGACUCUAUAGGGACUUGAUAUAUUUUGGUGGAAGGACAUAACGCGUCAUUAAUAUCCUUCAUAUUAUUCAGAAAUCUACGUAAUAUACUGUAAACAACUAUGUGACGUGACCCCACUUCUCCUGAUCUGUCUGGUCUGUGUGCUUCUGCUUCCAUAACCAGUAUUGAAUCGUUUAUCGUUUAUUGUUUAUUGAUUAUUACGCCAUUCUGUUCCAUUCUGUUCCACUCUUACUGUAAAAGCUGCUCUCCCAGGUACGAGUAUAUUUAUAGGAAAUCACCUCUAUUUUCCUGCUUUUCUGUUUUUUCUGUUUUCCUGCUUUUCUGUUCACUCCACGCAGUUAAAUCUCAAUUUUCUUGAAUAAAACUUAGAGCGUUAGUCCUGGUCUUUACUCCUGGUGUUUAGAGUAACAGUACGUUAGGAACUUGCGCUAAUCCUUAGCUUUGAGAGCUUUUGAGAACUUUAAGAACCUUUAAAAAGGAUAAAGCCGAGGUAAACCCACUUCAGGGCCGUUUCAGUCCUUAAGGAACGCAGCAGGAGGAUGCUGAUUCACCGUUUUUUAAUGUUUUAUUCUGUUUUUUAACCAAUACAGAAACACAGUGGAGCAGAGCAGACUGGAAAUGACAGAGCAGAAAUGAUAUAGAUAAUAUAUAUUAUAGAUAAUGUGUAUAUAUAUAUACACAUUAUCUAUUAAUCUGUUCGCUCAAUUUGUCUGUUUAACCCUUUUAGACCUGAAUUAUCUCCAGCAAUGGAAAACAAAGUAUAAGAACACUGCAAAAACAUUGAUUAGACAAAAUAUAUAUGUAAAUUUAGACAUAUAUGCUUACAUUAAGCGAAAAACUCUCCCAAUGGGGUAGGCAAAUUUUUCUUGGUAAGAUUUCUUUUUUAUAAAAGUAAACACAAAGUCUCAAAAUAAGUAAAGUAAGACUUAAAUCAUGCAGAAAUCCGAUUUUUUGCCUUAAAUUUGGAAACAAGAAUUAGAAUAACUUGACUGAUGAGUUUUUGUGCUUAUUUUUGAGUUCAAAUUACAUUAUUGUAAGUUUAAAAGUAAUUGGAACUCAAAAAAAGCACCAGUUAAGUUAUUUUGAUUCUUGUGUUCAAAUUUAAGCCACAAAAUAAGGAUGUUUUUCUUGAUUUGGGUUUUACUUCACUUAUAUUGGGACUUUGUAAUUGUGGCUUAUUUUUAAAAAAUCUUACUAGAAAAAAAAAGUCAUUUUAUUGGCAUUUUUUUUGCUUUUGGUUGCUUUAUGUAGGCAUUUACGUCUCAAUUUACAUUUAUUUGGCCUAGUUUUUGCCAGUGUAUUUUUUUGCAGUGUAUUUAUAAACAAAUAAAUCCAAUUACUAGAAUUGGAACUAAAAUUAUUAAUAUAGUUUUUAUUUCCAUUGCAUUGGAAGCCUGUGUGUAAUUUAGAUGUAUUUUAUAUUUCAUAUUGAUCCUAUUUUUUUAAUUCAUAAACCACCCCUAAACAGUAAAAACAUGAUUAAAAAGUGUUUUAAAUCACUCAAAACAUUAAAUUAGUAUCAAUUAGAUUCUAAAUUUGUUACUUGCCUCCGUGGCCCUGGUACUAAUGUGUUUCUUAGUGUGGUCUGUUCUGAUGGAGAGCAGCUCAAACAACUCAAAUAGUUUUAUAUGUGCAAGAAAACUAUUUAAAAAUAAAUACAUAAGAAUACAUAAGGAAAAUACAUGAUGUCCAUUGUAAUGGAUGCAGGGUCUGAAAGGGUUAAAUAUCUGGAAUAAAACUUAAGCAGCAAAAACGGAGGACGGAAAAGGGUUUGACAUCUCGUUCUUCAUCGUUUCUCAUGUGAAUAUGAAUGUGAAAUAUAUUGCAAGUGUUAAAGUUGUCAAUAUAUUUCCAAUAUAUUUCCCUAAGUAGAAUAUAUUAUUAUUAUCCAUUUCUAAUAUGUCGUAUUUGUUUGAAAUAUCUGUAUGAAGAGCAGAGAUUGGGAUAAAGUUGGAUUGUACUGUAGUGUGCUGAGUUUUGUACUUUUGGACCAAUUCAUUUAAUAAUAAUAUAAUAAUAUAAUAUAAUUUAGCCUGAGAGAAAGAUUUCUGAUAAAGAUUUUUUCCUGUUAUUCUAGAUAUCUAGAUAUAAUGUCAGAACCAGAAAGAUAGAAAAAAAGAGAGAAAAAAUUGAGUGCAAUGAAAAAGAGAAAGAGAGAAAGAAAGCUAAAUAUUGAAUGCACUUUAUGGUGUUCUUCCUUAAGUUCUUCCUUAUAUUCUCUCUCUCUCUUUCUCUCUCUCUCUCUCUCUCUCUCUCUCUCUCUCUUUAUUUCUUUUCUUCUCUAUAUCUGGUAUUGUCUAAUUUAAGCCCAAAAGCGAUAUAUCGGUUCACACUUACAAGUGACUAAAGUUUCCUCAUUGUUUAAAGCUAAACAGCCUCCACUUCAUUCAGUUUCAUUCAUAUAAAAUUCAGUAUAUAUUUUAGAAAUAUAUAUUCUGGUCUAUUUUCAUACACAAGAUGUACCAGAUUAUAAGACACAUUUUAAGCAGCACUAGUAAGGAACAGGGGUGUCGCCA